AGACUUAUCAGACCAGGCAACAUUUUUCCAGUCUUCAACUGUCCAAUUUUGGAAGUUGGUGAGACAAUUGUCUACCUGGCUGAAGUGCAGACUGUCGUCCAAUCUCUGACCCUCCAGUAUGGUGUAAUUACAACACGUGAUCCACUCAGGUUCAUGGUUGAGUGCCGCUAUAGCAAAGCAGGUGUUGCUCCGCAGUCACUAACCAGUGUUGGCUACAUGGUGAAGACCCCGAGUUCCAGCUUGCCAUCAGCGGUCCUCUCUAGUGGCUUAUAUGCUGUUGACUUGAGAAUUGCUAAAGAUCAGACGUAUUCAAGCUACUUUCCCACAAACAACCGGCCCUUGCGACUGCUCCUUGGCAAGCCAGUCUAUCUUGAACUGCGCCUGAUAUCUCCAAAACCAGAUGCGGUAAUCCUUGUCAACUACUGUGUAGCUUACCCUCGCUCUGCAAGGAAUGCACUGGUGCUUAUUUAUGAAGGGUGUCCCAACCUUUAUGCUCCAAAUGUGUCCAUCCUUAAAAUCGUUGACUGCAAAAAUCGUCACCAGAGGCGGUUCGUGGUGGUUGCCUUCCAGUUUAUGGUUCAAAAGACAAACAAAUACCUUGAUGAAGAAAUCUAUUUCAUGUGCUCUACAGAAGUGUGUUUGGCAGCAGAUAGGCCAUGUGAACAUCGGUGCUUUAAUGGAAAGGCACCAUAAGGAUGCUGCAGAAGACUUAUGAAGAUAAGGGGGGGGGAAUAAAUGAACAAUUUUAUAACGCAGUAUA